AUGACGCCCAAGACCUCACUGAAGAAGGAAGAGGUUGUUGACUCUGCAACUGCUGCUGCCAGCGGAUACCGUGAGGCCGCAAAGCAAGCAAGGGACCUGGCCAAGGUGGAGGCGCAGAAGGUGAAGGACGUCGAAGCUGAGAUUCAGUGUAAGGAGGAGGAGCUGAAGGAGCUUCGGCAAAAGCUGACGCAGGCCCGCGCAGAGGAGCUGCGAUGGAACGAUGUUGCAGAGGCUCAGGAAGCGGAGGCCGUUGCCGCAGAAGCGGAUGCCCAAGAGGCAUUUAAGCAGGAAGAUGGCUCCGCGGUGGAGGCGAGACAGGGGAGACGCUCGGAGGAGGUGGCCUCUAAGACCUCCAAGGCAUCCAAGGUUUCCUCAAACGCCCGCUCGCCUUCCUCCAAGGAGCCGACUUCACCCGUUUCGCCGGGGGCGAUCAGGUUGUCAAGGGCAUCCACGUUUCAGGACUGCGAGAGCCCGGUGGCGCAGCCAAUGGGUGCACGGGCCCUCCUUAACGAGCCAGGCAUUGGUUGCGUUGGCCACUGA